AUUCCCAGACCCCACUGCCAGCCCAUCCCCAUUGCCAGCCCAUCCCCACAGCCAGUGACCUCACUCCAGCCCCAGUCCUCUCCUUUGUGAAGGCCACAUCACCCAGAGCUCCCUGCUGUCCAUGUGAACGUGAGGCAAGAAGAAUCCAUCCCAUUCUGUUGUUGAUUCAAUAUCCCUGUAUAAUCCCCUCCAAUUUCCUCUCUUUUCUCUUGAGUGGUUGAAUGGUGACAUAAAAUCUCCCCACAUGAUGCUUGUCACUUAUAUUGGCAAAUAUUUAGUUUGUGCCCCAUUUUCUCCUCAUUUCUGAAAUACUGAUAUUGAAUUCUCAAAAAUCUUCCCAGUUUUCUCUUCAGGUGUCUGACUGAGACCAGGGCUCCUAUGGUACUGAGCAUGGCCCUGUUCUGCCAGGCGCUGCAGAGACCCCAGAGAUCCUCAGAAUUGUCUUUCACAGCAUGAAGAAGGAAAGAGAAUGGAAGGUGCUGAUCAUGGACCACCCCAGCACGCGUAUCCUCUCGUCGUGCUGCAAGAUGUCUGACAUCGUGGAUGAAGGCAUUACGCCCUGUCCUGAGCCUCUGUUCAAGGAGCUGAGGAAGUCACGGAUCACCAAGGCCAUCAAAACACUCAAAGAGCUCAACAUGGCCUUCCUGCCCUACGAGAGCCAGGGACCAACGAGGACUGAGAGGACAAGCAGGAGGAGGAGGAGGAAUGUGUGGAUGUGGCUACAGAGGAGGCUGCUGUCAACAUCAUCCAAAAGUAGCUGCAGUGCAGAGAAAAGGUGCAGGAAGAGGCCCAGCAGCUCAUGUUCCUUCACGCCAUCCACCCCACAUGUCUCGCUGCACAGAGAAUAGGCAGGACACACUGGAGCCGCACUGGUGCCCUAAUAUGAAAUGAACUGGUUGAGUCUGCUCCAGUUCUCUCGUCUGUAAUCAGGAGGCUAAAAUGAAUGAGGGAUGGUUUUAUGAUUACAACAUGGCCAGGGCCGGCUCCAGCUUUUCUGUUGUCCCAAUCUGCAAAAAAAGAAAAAGAAAAA